UUUGCAGCCUCGCUCGUUGAACUGUAUAAUGGAAUCAUAGUUAGAAAUUACACUUUGUUCUUUUUUUUCAUAAUAAAUUAUUUCCAAUGGUUUGUUUACAACUAUGGUCGUUUUACUCUGUUUCCUUUUCAUAUUCUAUUUACCAUUUACCCUUGAAUACAACGUUCUCUGAUAAAUGAAUGGAAAAACGUAACAAAACAAAAAAGAGAAAAACUUUUUGAAACCCCCAUUGUCAGCUGCUGAAGAACAGGCCGACAGACGACAACAGCUGAUUGGUUUAUCGUCAUCUUAUUCGUAUUCCUUUUGCAGUCAAGAAGUGGAAGAUUUUCUUGGGUGUGUUUUCGCAGAAAAUGUUGCAGAGAAAAAUAAAUGCAAAUUAACUUAAAAAAUUGGAAACUCAUUAGGCAAAAUUAGAUCAUAUUAUGUAGAGUGAAUAUUUUGUGAUAUCUAUUGCAUUAUAUAUGUAUCACAAAUGACAAAUGUUUCAACGCAACGGAGCAAAUGCCACAACUCGCCUCGCGAACAACCAGCAUCCGUACUCAGACAUUGAAAUGCCAGAUGUUGCAAGUUCAACUACAACCGGAGGCAAGACAACUUUAACUAAAAAACUACUUCUCACUUUAUUGGUACUUGCCCAAAUAUGUUUCAUUUCGUGCCUGUGGUUGUUGCAGCUAGGCGAUGGCCUCAAUACCAGCUUAAAUGAAGUAACUGGUGACACCAAAGACUACUCUAUAAAUACCAAUAACUUAGUUAAUAAGCCACGCAGAGGAGCAUUGCUGGGCAUGAGACGUGUUAAUUUUAUAACCAAUUCCGUAAACAUUAGUUUAACCGAUACUGCGGACAGAAAAGUGGCAUCAAAGCAGGAAGUAUCGCAAGCUGUGAUCGAAAAUAGUCAAUCAGGGAAAGAAAGCAAUUUUAGAAAAGACUUUUAUCUCAAACUGAACAGACUGAAUAAAACCAUAGAAUAUAGAAAUAGAAGCGGGUUUUUGCCUGAAUUGGACAACGAUGUAUUGUGGUGCUUCCGUAAAGGAAGUAUUGACGAACAAUCGCAAAUAUCGAAUGAUGAAGCUGCACAGGAUAUUGUACUUUCUUGGGAGGAAGAGAACACACAAUGCAAGUGCAGAGCUGGUUGGCAUGGGCGUGAUUGUGGUCAACCAGAGGUUAUGUGGCGUGCGUUGUUAACGUCAAAAUCACAUUUUCAACUACAAGAGCCAACUAAGACGCGGAGUCCCAAUCGAUUAGUACACUUGUUGGAAGGAAAUUUUUUUAAUUUGGAUUUAUUGGAUUUACAAAUAAGUAUGCUCGCCGAUGUAGUUGAUUACUUCGUAAUAUAUAUAAAGCCAGCACGAAAGGAUUACAAAACAAUUCAACACUGGUUAAGAGAAACGCUUCCAACUAAUAAAUAUAUGAUUUACCUAUGUGACAAAGAGUAUACGGUAAAUAAAAAAGAAAAUUGUACCAUCAAACAGGCCUAUGCACAUUUCCAUCAACAGCUGCAGCAGAACCAAAUCAAACUAUUACCACUAAAACCAAGCGAUCUGCUACUAUAUACAGACGAUCGUGUGUUACCAUCACCGGAAGCACUGCAAUUUCUUAAAUAUUAUGCAAAAGAUGUACGUAAUGUACUUUUUCGACUGAAGUAUGUCGUCUAUGGUUUUUAUUGGCAACAUCCAAAACAAACCUAUCUUAAUGGUCUUGUAAGUUCCUUUGUCCAUAUGGACAACCCAAGCCAACUAAAUGGCGAUGAAAGUGAUCCAACAAAGAUAUUUGAAAUAAGCCUUACAGCAAGUAAUCACCCAGCACCUUUUGUCAUCGGCGAUUUAAAUCACUUUGGUGGAUGGUUUUGCAAAUACUGCCAGCAGCCAGAAGAAAUUGUCGCCGAAUUACACGCUGAAACUAGUUCCUUGACACAAGUUCAAUUUGCGGAUACGGUACGUAACCACAAUAUUGAUGCGGCCUAUUUGCAAAAACUUAUUGCAACCGGUAUUUACGUUGACGGGAAAAUGCAACUUCUGCGUAAUCGUCGGUAUUCGGAUAAAUACUAUGCACCAGCAUUGGCAGAAACAGAUAAUUCAAAAUAUGGAAAUCUAUUAGUUAAUUUAUUCGAGUCAUUUGAUGAUGAUAUUGAAUACGAAGCAGGAAACUACUAAAAAGCGAGAAAUGUCGCAAUAUUCUUGCCUUGGCGUGUACUAACUGCUCCAAAUUGUGAGACAUUUAAAAUAUGUUUAAUUGAGUAAUAGUUUGAAAAUUUAAAGAAAAUGUGAAGAUGCAAACAAAUGUGAAAACAUCAUUAGUUACUUGCCAAACAUAGAUUGGAGUGUAAUGGAUUGCGAAAGUUCUUUACUAGCGUAAUCAUCAUUUCAGCUAUACAUACAUAUAUGUAAAGGGUGAUUUUUUAAGAGCUUGAUAACUUUUUUAAAAAAAAAAACGCAUAAAAUUUGCAAAAUCUCAUCGGUUCUUUAUUUGAAACGUUAGAUUGGUUCAUGACAUUUACUUUUUGAAGAUAAUUUCAUUUAAAUGUUGACCGCGGCUGCGUCUUAGGUGGUCCAUUCGGAAAGUCCAAUUUUGGGCAACUUUUUCGAGCAUUUCGGCUGGAAUAGCCCGAAUUUCUUCGGAAAUGUUGUCUUCCAAAGCUGGAAUAGUUGCUGGCUUAUUUCUGUAGACUUUAGACUUGACGUAGCCCCACAAAAAAUAGUCUAAAGGCGUUAAAUCGCAUGAUCUUGGUGGCCAACUUACGGGUCCAUUUCUUGAGAUGAAUUGUUGUCCGAAGUUUUCCCUCAAAAUGGCCAUAGAAUCGCGAGCUGUGUGGCAUGUAGCGCCAUCUUGUUGAAACCACAUGUCAACCAAGUUCAGUUCUUCCAUUUUUGGCAACAAAAAGUUUGUUAGCAUCGAACGAUAGCGAUCGCCAUUCACCGUAACGUUGCGUCCAACAGCAUCUUUGAAAAAAUACGGUCCAAUGAUUCCACCAGCGUACAAACCACACCAAACAGUGCAUUUUUCGGGAUGCAUGGGCAGUUCUUGAACGGCUUCUGGUUGCUCUUCACCCCAAAUGCGGCAAUUUUGCUUAUUUACGUAGCCAUUCAACCAGAAAUGAGCCUCAUCGCUGAGCAAAAUUAAAGCGCGAAACACAUUUCGAACCGAACACUGAUUUUGGUAAUAAAAUUCAAUGAUUUGCAAGCGUUGCUCGUUAGUAAGUCUAUUCAUGAUGAAAUGUUAAGGCAUACUGAGCAUCUUUCUCUUUGACACCAUGUCUGAAAUCCCACGUGAUCUGUCAAAUACUAAUGCAUGAAAAUCCUAACCUCAAAAAAAUCACCCGUUAUAUGUAUUCAAAAGAAGUUAUUCAACUUUUGUGCCUAAUAAGUUUAAAUCGAAAUUAUUCUAUUCCCAAAAUAGUCUAUAAUUUGCAUUUAAAAUAAAACUUAAUUGGAUAUAAUAUAAUAACUAGGCUGUUUGGAAACAAUUUCUUUAAGAAAAUGCAAAUAGUCGUUGCGUCGAUAUUUUUUUUUAUUCAAAUCGUGUGUUUAUCAAACAAAAACACAAAACAAUAUGAAUCUGCAGAGCUCUCAAAAUUGAAUUUAUAAACAUACAUUACUGAUGACUUUGAUUGGUAUAUGCACUAGUAUUAUUAAUGUUGCAUUAAACACAUAUCAACGAUGACCUUUGUUAAGUAAAAUAAAUAAAUAUAUAAAUAAUGUACUAUGCUAUGGAUUAUGUACUAUACCCAUUUUCUUAUAAUUAUCAAAACUGAGAAUACAGAUUAUUAUAUCUACGAAUGUGGUAGAUCACGCAUAGCUUAUUAACAAUCAAUUAUAAUUAUUGACGAUUCAAAUUUUAUAUAAAAUGCUGUGAUAAAGUUAUUGAGAUUCGAAACUAAAAUGAUUAUUUUUUUAGUUAUUAAAUAUGUUUAUGGAAAUUCAAGCAUUGUUAGCAUUCUUCAGCUGAAUUUUUUGUACAUCCCAAAAGAUUUAUAUUUAUAAUUUCAUAGCCAAUUAUAUCUCAUACAAAAGCAUUUGUUAAUUUUUAACACCAUUUAUAACUCCAGUAAUUAAUUUCAAACAAAUGCAUAUUUGCAUUUGACAUAAAUCCAUUAAAAUCAUAAAAUUAAAAUUCAAAAUGUAUUAUCAUGGUUAAUAAUAAUGUAUGUAUGUACCUAAGUUAAGAAAAAAUUCGAUAAAUAAAACAUGCUUCACUUAA